AUGGGUGAAGUGAGGAAUGUGGUAAGUUAUUUUUGGGACUUUUGGUACAGUUUUGUGAAAAAAUUGUGACUUUGAUAUGUGAUAUUGAACUUUUAAAAUUUGUGUUUUUGGGCUAGUUGGCCUAAAGAGUAACCUAAAAUUUUAAAAAAUUAAAAUUUUUAGCUAUAAGUAAUAAUGUUUUAGUCAGUGCCAUACGCCCAAAACAUUAACAAUGGUCUACCAUCGCAUGCCACAAUCGAAGUCGAAGGUGAUGUUAUUGUAGGUCACGAGAAAGCGAUCUGGCUGGAGUUUAGAGGUCAAGGAAAUGAGAUUCCUCUUCAUAUUAACAUUCGUUUUGGCUCUGUCAAUGGAAGUAACGAAAUUUGUGUCAAUUCUUUUGACCGUGAUUGGGGCCGUGAAGACUUUUACAAGCAAAGUGUCACUAUUGGAGGGUCUAUUUACGCCAAGAUUGUCAUUAGGGACGAUAGAUAUGAGGUUGGUUCAUGUUUUUGGAAGGAUUUUUCAAAUAAUUUGUGCUCCCUUUCAAAGCGAGUUUUUUGUUUAGGGGGCACUAAAUUAUUUGAACUGCCUAGUAUAUUAAUGAAAAGUUGAAUCCUAUGAUCAACAAUAUAUCAUUCCAGGUCGAUAUAAACGGCAGAGAAUUCGUCUUCAAGCACCGUACUCCCAAGUACAAUGUGACUCGUUUUGAAGUUCGUGGUGACAUUCGAGUAGCUCGCAUCAACUACACUGGAUUUGGCGAUCAUAUCUACACUGCUGGUCAAUAUCCAUCACCAUACCCACAGCCAAGUCAGCCAUCGUAUCCGCCCAACCCUUACCCGAACCCAGGAUAUCCUGAAAGUAGGCCAUUCCAUGAUUCUAGGCCAGUCUUUCCAGAUUUGAAGCCAGUCUUUCCGGACUUAAGGCCAGUGUUUCCAGAUCUGAGACCAGUCUUCCCUGAUUUGAGACCCGUUUUUCCAGAUAUAAGGCCGGUCUUUCCAGAUUUAAAGCCAGUCUUUCCUGAUUCUAGGCUAGUUUAUCCAGAUUUACGACCAGGCUUUCCAGAUUCAAGACCAGGCUUUCCAGAUAACCGGCCGAACUACCCAAAUCCAAGUUACCCGGAUCCAAUGAGACCUUAUCCUUCAGAUCCUGGCUACCAACCUCCCUACAAUCCAGACCACCGAGGAGAUGUACCAAUUGGACAAGGAGCUCAAAUUGGUCAGAACAUUAACCAAGGUUACGAUCCGUUUAGGCCACACGACUCAAGAGGCUACAAUUAA